AUGAGACACAGGUGGGCAGAUACCAAACAGGACACACUGGACACAACAAGGUACAGCCACGCCAGUACAGCACGCCAGGGUACAGCAAGCCAGGUACAGCAAGCCAGGUACAGCAAGCCAGGGUACAGAAGCCAGGGUACAGCACGCCAGGGUACAGCACGCCAGGUACAGCACGCCAGGUACAGCACGCCAGGACAGCAAGCCAGGUACAGCAAGCCAGGUACAGCACGCCAGGCACAGCAAGCCAGGGUACAGCAAGCCAGGUACAGCACGCCAGGGUACAGCACGCCAGGGUACAGCACGCCAGGUACAGCACGCCAGAGUACAGCACGCCAGGGUACAGCAAGCCAGGUACAGCACGCCAGGGUACAGCACGCCAGAGUACAGCACGCCAGUACAGCACGCCAGGUACAGCAAGCCAGGGUACAGCAAGCCAGGGUACAGCACGCCAGAAGUACAGCACGCCAGGAGUACAGCACGCCAGGGUACAGCACGCCAGGGUACAGCAAGCCAGGGUACAGCAAGCCAGGGUACAGCACGCCAGGGUACACAGCAAGCAGGGUAGCACGCCAGGGUACAGCACGCGGCACAGCACGCCAGGGUACAACACGCCAAGGGUACAGCAAGCCAGGGUACAGCAAGCCCGAGGUACAGCACGCCAGGGUACAGCAAGCCAGGUACAGCACGCCAGGUACAGCACGCCAGGGUACAGCAAGCCAGGGUACAGCAAGCCAGGGUACAGCACGCCAGGUACAGCACGCCAGGGUACAGCACGCCAGGUACAGCACGCCAGGGUACAGCACGCCAGGGUACAGCAAGCAGGGUACAGCACGCCGGUACAGCACGCCAAGUACGCGCCAGGGUACAGCAAGCCAGGGUACAGCAAGCCAAGUACAGCACGCCAGGUACAGCACGCCAGGUACAGCACGCCAGGGUACAGCACGCCAGGUACAGCAAGCCAGAAUUACAACACGCCAGGGUACAGCAAGCCAGGGCAACACGCCAGGGUACAGCAAGCCAGGGUACAGCAAGCCAGGUACAGCACGCCAGGUGCAGCACGCAGAGGUACAGCAAGCCAGGAGUACAGCACGCCAGGUACAGCACGCCAAGGUACAGCACGCCAGGGUACAGCACGCCAGGGUACAACACGCCAGGGUACAACACGCCAGGGUACAGCACGCCAGGGUACAGCAAGCCAGGGUACAGCACGCCAGGUACAGCACGCCAGGGUACAGCACGCCAGGUACAGCACGCCAGGGUACAGCACGCCAGGGUAGCACGCCAGUACAGCACACGUGCAACACGCCAAGGGUACAACAAGCAAAAUUAGCAAGCAAGGUACAGCACGCCAGGGUACAGCACGCCAGGUACAGCAAGCCAGGGUACAGCAAGCCAGGGUACAGCACGCCAGGGUACAGCACGCCAGGGACAGCAUGGGGUACAGCAAGCCAGGGGUACAGCAAACCAAGGUACAGCACGCCAGGGUACAGCACGCCAGGGUACAGCAAGCCAGGGUACAGCAAGCAGGGUACAGCAAGCCGAAUACAGCACGCAGACACAGCAAGCCAGGGUACAGCAAGCCAGGUACAGCAAGCCAGGGUACAGCAAGCCAAGGUACAACACGCCAGGUACAGCACGCCAGGGUGCAACAAGCCAGGGUACAACAAGCCAAGGUACAGCACGCCAGGGUACAGCAAGCCAGGGUACAGCAAGCCAGGGUACAGCAAGCCAGGUACAGCAAGCCAGGGUACAGCAAGCCAGGUACAGCACGCCAGGGUACAGCAAGCCAGGGUACAGCAAGCAGGGUACAGCAAGCCAGGGUACAGCACGCCAGGGUACAGCAAGCCAGGGUACAGCAAGCCAGGGUACAGCAAGCCAGGGUACAGCAAGCCAAGGUACAGCACGCCAGGCACAGCACGCCAGGGCACAGCAAGCCAGGUACAGCAAGCCAGGGUACAGCACGCCAGGGUACAGCACGCCAGGGUACAGCACGCCAGGGUACAGCACGCCAGGGUACAGCACGCCAGGGUACAGCACGCCAGGGUACAGCACGCCAGGGUACAGCAAGCCAGGGUACAGCAAGCCAGGGUACAGCAAGCCAAGGUACAGCACGCCAGGGUACAGCAGACCAGGGUACAGCAAGCCGGGGUACAGCAAGCCAGGGUACAGCACGCCAGGGUACAGCAAGCCAGGGUACAGCAAGCCAGGGUACAGCAAGCCAGGGUGCAGCAAGCCAAGGUACAGCACGCCAGGGUACAGCACGCCAGGUGCAGCAAGCCAGGGUACAGCAAGCCAGGGUACAGCACGCCAAGGGUACAGCACGCCAGGGUACAGCAAGCCAGAGUACAGCACACGCCAGAGUACAGCACGCCAGGUACAGCACGCCAGGGUACAGCACGCCAGGCCGCAACCAGGGUACAGCAAGCCAGGGUACAGCACGCCAGGGUACAGCACGCCAGGUACAGCACGCCAGGGCACAGCACGCCAGGGUACAGCACGCCAGGGUACAGCACGCCAGGUACACAGCAAGCGGUACAGCACGCCAGGGUACAGCACGCCAGGGUACAGCACGCCAGGGUACAGCAAGCCAGGUACAGCAAGCCAAGGUACAGCACGCCAGGGUACAGCACGCCAGGUACAGCACGCCAGGUACAGCACGCCAGGGUACAGCAAGCCAGGUCACAGCACGCCAGGGUACAGCAAGCCAGGUACAGCAAGCCAGGUACAGCACGCCAGAGUACAGCAAGCAGGGUACAGCAAGCAGGGUACAGCACGCCAGGUACAGCACGCCAGUACAGCACGCCAGGGUACAGCACGCAGGGUACAGCAACCGGGUACAGCAACCAGGGUACAGCCGCCCAUCAUGCCCUGGACAUGGUUAUAAAAGCCAGUUUUCCGCUCGGCCAGGCGGCGCUAUUUUCCGAUCGGUUACUCCGCCAGGUUGUCGGGGGAGUGACGGAGCCCAGCCAGUAA